CUAAGUGAAGCUGUGAAGGCCCUGCACUUUAGCGAUUUAGCCCGAGCUAGCAUCUCAGGCUCUCAGCGACAGGGAACGGAGCAAGUGGCGAGUGCUGCCGGCUGCGAGUGACCACGGAGGCACGGACGACGGGACGAUUGGAAGAAGAUGGAUUUCCGUCGAGAAUCACAGGGCUUCACAGCAGUUCGGCCCUUCUUCUGAUCUCCGGCUUAAUUUCCGGUGGCCGGUGCGACGGUCCUCCCAUCUCUAGACUCCACGCAUACAAUAAGACUUGCAUUGCCAUGAUGCCAACCAUGGAGGUCGAAGAAGCAGAAACAAAAAUCUUAGCCAACAGAGAAGAUGGAGUUUCCGAGAAAGAUUCAAAAGUUUUACAAUUUCUCGAUUCAUUGGAUAGCUAUCUCAUUCUUAUGGACACUUUAUCUUCAACACUUCGCCAGGGUAAUCUGGAGUUGUCAAGUGCUAGACUUUCUAUGGGUGUGUCACGCAUCAAUAGCACAUUGCUUGACCUCAAACCACAUUCUGCCACAACUGUAGUGGAUGUCAUUCUUUCGGGAGGAUCGAAAAUGGACCACAUGUUCUUCAAGCUGUGCAAGUGGGCUGAUUCUUCUGGGCCAGAAAGUCCAUCCAACGAAAGUAAAUCCAACAAGGAAGGCUCAUUGCACGAAGCUCAAGGGAAGAAACAGGAAGAUAGCGGGUCUCCAUGCACACUUGAUGACAAGGCUAAGAGAGAAAGACUCAAAUCACUGUCUAUGUUUGGGAUGCUGGUUUCUCCAAAGCUUCGAGCUGCCCAACUUUCAUAUGAGACAGCUGUGGAUACUAUUGUAGAGAUAGCAAACAUGCGAAUGUCACUGCUGCAGGCUUACAGUGAAGUGGCAGAAGAGAUUUGAACCACUAGGAACAACUAGAGGUUCAAUUCCUCUUAUAUAUUCAAGAUACUUUACAGUCAAUUCUAAUUCAGCUUUUCAGUUUGGUGUCAAGUUGUAUCAUCACAGGAUCAAGACACUUUUAACUGUGACCAAUUCUUCAGUUUUGUCUGUUCUCCAACAUUAAAUUAGAGCAUUUGAAGUUCCAAGGAUUGGGAGGCUGUUGACACCUAAUCUGCUUGGCUUCCCCCAAAUCUGGCUGCAGGGCACAAUUGAAUUAUUUAGACUCUCGUAUGGCGUUGGGCGGAUACUGUCCAUUGUACUUAUAAGUUUUAUUUAGUCGCAAGUCACAUAAAAAAGCUUAUGUAAGGGCCACUUGAAGAAAUGCAAUGCGUGACAAAUUAAUUUUAGUAUGGAUCCGUGCUUAAGUUUUUUGGCUUUAAGAUUGGAUGCUGUUUACUGCACAUGGUUUACGAAUUUACUUUUUAGUUUUGGUGUUCAUUAAGUAGUUUUGCAGUCCUGUCUUAGGUGAUUAUCCCCCCCCCCAUAGAUAACUAAAACUCC